UAAAAACGCAACCCUGACCUACGACAAUACUCCACACUGCCAAACGAACCGAAGUACGAAUGAACAGAAACAUAAAAGGACAGUCAUCAAACUACCGCGACCCAACGCACAUCGUACGCUGCAAUCUAUGUGUACUUUUGCCAAACCGCUACAACGGUCCUAACGGCGAGCUUUAAGGCAAAAAGGCCACAAAUAUAACGGCGCUAGCAACAUCGCUAGUAGUGGCAGAGGCUCGGCAGUUGCAGCGAGAACUACUAGGCAGGCGUGAAGCAACGAGACCAUCAAGUCAGCAGUAGCGAAACGCAAAACAGCGCAACGGAUAAGCGAGCGGCGCAACGGCGACGUAGCAGCAUAACGCAGCAGAGGACGACAACGGAAGCAUUCCACCACAACGGCGCCAGGGUAGAGGACAACGGUUUGACAACGUAUAGCAAGCUAAGUGUUAUUGUUCUUGUAAUUUCUUUUUACUUGUACGUAUGUAUAAUACUGUUUAGUAAUUUUGUUGUUCAUAAGAACGGUUGCGUGUACACAUGUAUACAGGCAUAUGCCUAGCGGUCCAGUGUAGUUAAAUUGCACACAGUCGUGGCGAAUAAAACUAGGAUAGCAUAAAAAUUUUAAUACAGUACACUGGUGGUCAUAAAAAAAGUACCAAAUAUAAUUAUAUAAUUUUAAAGCGUUUGAUAUUGCAACAUUUGUUUUGUAAAUUGUGAGCAGUUUAAUUUGUAAUUGAAGAUUAAAUAUUCUCCAUAUUUCAACUUUCAACAUAUUUUACAAUAAUAGCAUUUACCUACAAUUCUGAGAUUUUAACAUUAAGCGAAUUUGUAAGACCAUGGACCGAGAACAGAUUUUAGCGUUGACAGCAGACGGACUUAAGGAAAACCUGGAAAGACUAGGGUUAAUGACCAGUGGACGUAAAGCUACGCUACAGGACAGGUUGAUGGAACACUUCGGCCUGAAUGUUAGCGAAGAUGAAGAUGCGGAAUUCGACGACGCGGGUAGCAGGCGCAGCGAACGUGGUUCGACCACCGAACGCUCAAUAUUCACACUUCGUGAUAUUGAAGAUUCGUUGACUCCAUUCAGCGGAUCAGGUCAGCCCAGCCUCGAACAGUGGUUGCAAGACCAAAAUAUAUCUAUUCCAAGCAGUUAUUAAAAGGGGCUGCUAAA